ACAGACCUGAGGGUCCUCAAGUAUCCUCAUCCUAAGCUGAGGGCACCAGACGAGGAGGUGACAGAGUUCGAUGAUAACCUUCGCAAGACCAUCAAAGAAAUGUUUCUUGUCAUGUAUGCCUCACGUGGAGUUGGACUUGCAGCCCCUCAGGCAAAGCAGGUCGGUAUCAACAAGCGCAUCAUGGUUUUCAACCCUGAAGGGGACAAAAAGAAGUGGCUUCAGGAAAUAGCUCUGAUCAAUCCAAAGAUUGUCGAGAUGUCAGAGGGGACAGACGUUGAGACCGAAGCUUGUCUUUCAUUUCCUGGAAUGCAAGGAAAGGUUCGGAGACACAAGUGGAUCAAAAUAGAGGCCCAGGAUCUGAAAGGGAAAACGAUCAAGAAGAAGGCAAGAAAUUUCCUUCAGUUUACUGGGUGGACUGCCCGCGUCUUCCAGCACGAGUACGAUCAUCUCGAAGGAGUUGUUUACAUCGACAGGCUCGAAGACGAGGAAGACAGGGUUAGUUGUAUGCAUUUCUAG